AUGACUUCUGUGGAUAUUGAUAUUAAUCUAGCAGUGUUGCUCAUCUCAUCUACUUUAAAUCACUCGUUGAAAACUUCCAAGGGAAUUGGGAAUCAACAUAAAGUCGAAUUAGAUCUUGAUGAUUUUUUGGAAGAUCUUAAAAUGAAAAUCAAUGAAUAUUUGACUAGUUAUAAUAUAACAAAUUAUAAAGUGACUGAACCUAAUAAGUCAUACCUUGUUGAUAUUUUUGAAAAAAGGAAAUUCACUGAUUGUGUGAAUGUUUCAGGUAAUAAAUUAACGGUGGAAACAUCCAAAUUUGAACCUAUUGUUAGUAAGAUUAUUCUUGAAUCUUCCAAGGAAUACCUGAAAAUAUUGACAAAAAAUAUAUAUGAUUUAGGAACUAUCUGGAAAUCUAUUAAGGAAAAAACAGAGGAAGUUUCAAAUGAGAAGCAUGAAGAGGAGGAGAAGGAAGUGAGUGAAGAAAUGAAUGUUAUAAAUGAAGAAUUGGAACAGGAGAAAGAAGAUAGUGAAGAUAAUGCAAUAAAAGAAGAUGAGAUGGAUGUAAAGGAAGAAGAAGUUGAAAAGGAAAAGAAAGAAGAAGAUGAAGAGAAGGAAGAUGAAGAACAAGAUGUGCAAAUGAAGGAUGUAGAAGAAGGGAAAUCCAUAAUUGAUGAUUCUAUGGAUGAGAAUGAAGAUGAAAAAUUGGAACCUGAGGAUAAAGACGAGGAAACUUCAGUAGCUGAAGAUGAAUCAAUAGAUAGCGAAGAAGGUAAUCAAGUAGAAGAUGAGAUUGAUGAUAAUAUAGAAUCCAAGGAGCAGUCUAAAUCUCAAGUUACCACCAUAAAUGAAGAAGAAAUAAAGGAAGCUACUAUCGGUAAGAAAGAAGUGAAUGAUUCAAAUGAAGAAGCCAAUUCAGAAAAAAUAGAAGUGGAAAAUGAAGAAGAAGUAGAAGAAAAAGAAGAAGAAGAACAGAAUGAAGACGAGGAGGAAGAAGAUGAAGAUGAAGAAAAUGAAGAAGAUGGAAAUGAGGAAAAUGAAGUAGGGGUAGAAAAUAGUGAUGAGAAAUUAAAUGAAGAACAAGAACAAGAGGUUAUAGAAGAUGUCAAAGAAAAGGAAGAUGUGGAAGAUGCUGACACACAAAUUGAUGAAAAUCAAAAUAAGAAUAAUGCUGAGGAUAAUGAAAAUGAUAAAAUUAAUGAUAUAACACCAGGGGUCAAACAAGAAGAAGGUACAGAAUCUGAAGUAGAUUCAGAUAGUAAAACUACCAAAAUAGAGAAAGAAGAUAAAUCCAAAUCUAAACUUACUGAAAAAUUAGAGAGUAUAAGGAAUAGUAAAAAGACUAAUAGUCCAGAAACCAGAACCAGGAAACGUUCGAUCUCUCCUUCUACCUCACAACAACAUAAAAGGUUCCAGCAUAUCUCAGUCAAUCUUAUCAAUAGUAUUCAAGCUCAUAGGUUUUCAUCGCCAUUUUUACAACCUGUGAAUCAUAAAGAUGCUCCAGAUUAUAAGGAAAUGAUAUAUGAGCCUAAGGAUUUGAAAAAUAUUAUGAAAAGUAUCAAGCUGAAACAGGAACCUUCAGAAUACCUGCUGCUUGAAGAACUUGAAAGAGAUAUAAUGUUGAUGUUUGCUAAUUGUAUCAUGUAUAACAAGUCCGAUACUGAUUUAGUUGAACUUACCAAGAGUAUGAAGAAUGACGUUAACAAUAUUUUCAAGCUUUUCAAAGAAGCUGAACUGGAGAGUAGAUGA